GGACUUACAGUACAAUGUUCUUUGUUAAAUGUUGUAUAUCCUAUCUAUAAGAAUUUCCAGGUAGGAUCAACGUUUUUGUGCCUAAAAUAACGUUAGGUGCCUAGAAUAUGUUUUUUAUACAAGAAAUUAUUAUUUUCAAUCAUAAAAUUAUAUUGAUUUUUAUUUAUUGCUGGAUUUUUUUUCUUUAAUCUUAAUGAUAAACAAUUUUAUUUAAAAAUUGUAAAGAACUAAUGUAUUCCCUGGAAAGCUCUAGACAGCUUUGGUAGAAAACUAUUUAAUUCAAAUCUAAAUAUGUAAUAAAUAAAUAAAUAUAUAUAUAAGAUGAAAAGCCAUUUAAAUGACCUAACUGGCUUACAUACCCAUGGUUUACGAUUAUAAAAUGUGGGCAGUCUGAAACCAUAAAACAUUGGAUACACAUUUACAACAUGUCAACAGCACUUAAACAAUGAGGCCUUCAUGGCUGUUCCGUUGUUAUUGGUUCAUCAAGCCAAACUAUGAAGAAAAACGAAUGAAUAUCAUCGACCGCUUACCUCCCCUUUUUAUGUCAGCCAUGGUUUGAGUGGCGGGCCCUGUCUAAAUAUGUCAACGUUCGAACAACACCGCCAGUUAUAACCUGUCGCUGGCGGACCACCCUCGCCAAUCUCCAAUUAUUGUUCCGACAAACGAAUGUAGCCGCUACGGUGCUGGGGUCAUACUUCUCAAGCUCUGAAGUGUGUCUGAAAAUGUGGAUUACAUACAUGACGUGUGAGUAUAGAACUAUUUAAUAGACGCUUGUCGCGGAGGGAAUGAAAACGCCAAGCAAGUAAAAGUAGGGAUAUUUUAUACAUAAAAUAUGUUUUACUUCACCAAGAACUUAUUAGAAGUGAUUAGAAACACUGAACAUGGAUCGCCCUUACCAAUUGGAAUAGAAUUUAUUUUUUUUUUUUAAUUUAUUUUUAAAUUACAUUUCAGAUAUUGCCGUGACUAUCACAUCAUUCGUGACAGGUAAGUAGUCAAGUCCGAAUUUAGAAGAAGCAUUAGACCUAAAAAAAACAUAAAUGUUAUUUUAAUAAAUAAAAUGGUUACUUAUAAUAAUCAACUUCAACAGAACAAUAAUUGAAAUUAUUAUUUUUUUUUAAAAUAAUUUUUAAAAGAACAUAAUAUAGAUGAUGGUUAAAGAUUUAAUAUAUCAAUAUCAAAUAAUUAUAGCAAUUGUGGCAUUUAGACACUAAAUUAAGUUUACAAUUUUAUCAUAGUAUAAUUAGCAUCUUUUUGUAUUAAAUAAUAAAUGUCAAAUUCAUCCAUUGCCAAUAUGUUUGCACAAAAGAAAGUGAUUAACAAUUAACUAUUUAGUUUUUGAAAAACAUCAAAUAAAUCUUCGGUAAGCUAUUUAAAAGUGUUGCCGUUAUGUAAAGCUUAUCCCAGUUAGAUUAAAUGUUCUCAUUUUUUGUUCAAUACAAAAAAAAUUAUUUUCAAUGUUAAGUUGCAAGUUCAAUUUAAAUUAUACAAAUAUAACCAUCGCCAUAUGCCUUUAUAUCCAAUAAAAACUAAAGUAACCUUGACCAUUCCACCCUCCAAAUUUUUAAUUAAAAUGGUAAUUGAUUGUUCUAUUUCACAUCAAUAAUUAUUGAAAAUUCAAACCCAUCAUCUGAAAAGAUCAAAACUGCCCACUGCCUUUCCUUCUCAUCUCACAGCCGCAUUCGACUGCCCUUCGUUGUUCAACUUCUACCCUGAUGUCCACGACUGCUCGAAGUUUUACCGCUGUAUCUGGGGCAAGGGCGCCAGCUUCAACUGCCCGAGUGGAACCUUGUGGUCGCAGGAUCUUCUCACGUGUAACCAUGCUAAAGAAGUCAAAUGUGACAAGUCUCCCGUCCCUCCAGAAAUGAAACUUUUCGAGGCACCGGAUUUUUCCGUAGACCUCGCUUCCAAGAAAUCCAAAUUUGACAGCUCCGUAGGCGAGAAAUUUGAGAAAUCUGAUAGCUACGAAGAUGAUGAAAAUGAAGCUGGGGCCGAAAAAGACAAGGAAAAUGAAGAGGACGACGAGGAAAACGAUGGGAAAUCUAAGCAUGAUUACAACGAAGAUGUUAAAGAGAAAAAAUUCUGGGAUGAGAAAGGAGAGGACGACAGUGACAAUAAAGAGGAAGAAGAGAAAAGCGUUCAGUACGAUAAGAAAAAAAGUAGCUCUAAGAUCAGCUCUCAUGGAUACAGUAGCACCAGCUACGACCAGGGCCACCCACCCCACUACAGCGGGUACGAAUACCAACGAAUGGUCAGCGACUUGCCACCACAGCCUCAACAUUACUACCACCACCUUCAGUCCACGCCCUUCCUUCUGCCUUACCACCAGCAGUACCCGAGCCCGCCACACCCACAAACGGCUACCUACGUGCUACCCCCACCCAAGUUUCUAAUGCACACACAGCCGGAAGCUGGCCCCGUUACCAUAGGGAACAACGCCAAGUCACCGCCGUGGUACCACAACAGCUACCUCUACAACAAACUGAUGCAGCUGCCAGCGUACGGCGGGCACUACUUUACCCCAUACGUCGUCAACACGGACGGGACCUACGACGUGGUCAAGGUGGACAUGACCCCUCAGGAGUUCGACCGACUCAAAGUCCAGCAGAAACCCUCACCGCAGCUGGAGAAGCCGCCGGCCGAUGAUGACCAGUGGCGAGAGACGGAUUUAUUCAGGGCUGGCUAUGGUUACAAAAUUAUAUACCACAAGUAACAACGUCACAACCAUUUACAAGUGUUCUUCUUUGUACAAUAAUCUUCGAACAAAGCGUCACAAAGCUUUGGUGAACAUCAGGUGUGUCCAAUUGGCGUAUUGCUGCUCUGACCAAAGUUGUACGGUAAAAUCUAAAAGGGAGUUUUUAGGGGAAAUGUUAGAUGGUCGAUUGAUGUACAUGAAAUCACAAAAGUGUAUAUGGGAGUUGGUAGUAAAGGGUAGAAAAGAAUUUUCAACUUAUUUUCAUCUGGCAAUGUGCUCUUUACAAUUAGUCUUGACAAUGAAAUAAUAAAUCAGAUGGAUGUGUAAUGUUAAGAAAGUUAACCUUUCUUUCUUAGCUCCAUUUUUUUAAUGAUAAAUUUAUUUCCUCUAAGAUAAAGGAGUAGAACCCUCGAACUGUGCAUUAAAUGCAGGCUUUUCUGCGUGGCCCUUAAAUAGUACAAAGAAGUAAAGAAAAUUAUUUUAAAUAAUUAUCUAUCUCUGAAACCUUCCUUACCUCAGCUUGAUGGGCGUAAUAGCUUGACCUAACUCUCGGAUUUUUUCUUAAACGCUGGUCAAGAUGUAUUUGUAACAAUAAAGUUUGCAAUUCAAUUUUAGAUGACGCUUUUGGUUUCCUCAAAAUACUGUACUGAAAUGAUCAAUAAGCCAGUUGGUCAGCAAAUAUUGAUCAAUCGACGGUUAUUUUGAUGUUAAGUUUCGCGUCAUUCCAGCUCGACUCACCUGGUGUACACCAAUGGUGUUUGUUGGCUUCUUGUUUUAAACGCAUAUGUUCAAGCGGCAAGAAAUUGCUAGUUUCUAUAACAAGUUUAUUGUGUUGUAGUUGCUUGUUGUGUUGACUUUUGUUUCGUACGCUGUUUAAUCUCCAACAUAAAGUUAGUUCAUGAAAUAUGUAGGCCAUACGUUGGUGGUUGUUGUUGUUGUUGUUGUUGUUGUUGUUGUUGUUGUAGAUGUUGUUGUUGUUGUUGUUGUUGUUGUUGUUGUUGUUGUUGUUGUUGUUGUUGUUGUUGUAGUUGCUUGUUGUGUUGACUUUUGUUUCGUACGUUGUUUAAUCUCCAACAUAAAGUUAGUUCAUGAAAUAUGUAGGCCAUACGUUGGUGGUUGUUGUUGUUGUUGUUGUAGAUGUUGCUUCUGUUUAUUUCAGCCCCUUUUUAUUUGAUUUGAAGAAUUACGUAAAUAGCUAACUUAAAUUAAGUUAAAUAGUAAAAUAAUGUAGCGUUCGUAGAAUCACGCUUUACUAAUGUGUUCUCUCAAUUUCAAAUACACGAGAUGUUAAUGAAUUCUAUAAAUAAACAUUCAAUAAUAUAAAUUUGAACUCAAAUAUUUUUUAUAUACGUAAUUAUUAACCCAAAACAUAUGUACAAAACGAGAAUCUAUAUUAAUCUAAACUCUCUAAAAUGAGUAUUAGUAUAAACUCUCUAAAAUGUAUAUUAAUGUAAACUCUCUAAAAUGAGUAUUAGUAUAAACUCUCUAAAAUGUUAAUUAAAAUAAAAUCUCUAAAACUCUGAAACAGGAUCAAUAGAAUAGUGAUUCAUAAGAGCAAUGCUUUAUGCAUAUUUAUUGUAUUGUAAUAUUUAUACCUUUAUUGUAAUAUUUUGCAAGAUAUGUAUCUUAUAAAAUAAACCAUUUCAGAAAUUUACUGUGGCGACUCGAGAAUGAUAAAUAUUCUGUUCAUACGGAGCUUUGGCUCUGUGCAUCUUCUGUAGUCUUUUUGUCAGGCUAAUUUGGAGGACAUUAUUGCGUCUCUUGUGUGACAUUAGUAUCUUUCAAUAGUAAAGUUUAUAUAAGUAGUAAGUUGUUUAAUGGUAUUAUUAGCUUAACCAACAUUUUGUUGUUUCUAGGUGUCUUCAAUAAAAACAAUUCAAUCCUUUUUAGAGGUACUUUGAUCAAUCCACAAUUGCUUGUUUUUAAAAAAACAAAUUCUCUAAAAGAAUGUGAUUGUUAAAAGGGAAAACUGUUGAUAAAAAUGAAUCAAUUUGAAUAUCUUUGAAGACAAUUUUACCUAAAUUCAAACUGUAUGUUUAACAUCAAACAAUUGUACCAACACUGCAAGACGAGAUAUUUCAGAUUUAAUUUGUAAAGACUAUAAUACAAAAAUAAUCCUAAUAUUGGCAGAUACUUUUCACUUUGAUUAAACGUGAAAAGCCAUGUUCAUUGCGCUAGAAAAUCGUUCAAAAAAGAAAUAACAAUUUAAAAAAUACACAACAAAAAAAAAUAAUAAAGAGAAAACAAUGCUAUAAUAGUCUCACUCCUACAACAAAUGAAACAAACAAUAAUAAAGAGACUAGUUUGUCAAGAUAUAUUUUUCGUUUAAGUUGUUAAAAAACGUUGAUUAAAACGAUUCUCUUGGACAUUUUAUAGGAUUCUUUUUUAAAGGAGAUGUCAUAAACAAUUCAUCCAGG